GUUUGACAUUGUGAUAGAUUUAUUUACUCGUGGAUAUUUGUGGUGUGCUCUCUAUAAGGUUAGUUUCGUAUUAAGACUUUAUUUAUAUUAUCCACUUAUAACACAACUCAAUAGUUUUCAAUGUGUUACUGUGAUCAUUUUGUAAGGAACAUUGAAGGUAGAUUUUUACACUAUGGCCACCUGACUGAAACUUUCACAUUUUAAAAAGGUUUAAGACAGGUGUGCAUUUUCACACAUAUUCUAUUUUUGCAAGCUAUUGAUUUACUAAUGAUGCAAAUAACAAAAGGAAACCGAAAGCAUUAUUUGAAAAGUCCCAAUUUUCAAAUUUUUAUAAAAUCAAGGGAAUUUUUUUUUUUAAUCUCUCUGAAAGUUUAUAUCUAAUUGUACAUAGACAAAUCACUUUCUUCUCAUUUUGAUUUAUAAUACUUAUAAAUAAGUUAAUCAAAACCAUACAUUAAUUUUGAAUAAAUGCUCUUAUAGGUACUGAACUCAGUGCUUGACCGUAAGACUUGGUGGGUGUAUAUUUUUCCUAUAAAUAGUCAAAGAAGUGAUAUCAGCUCAAAUCCCAAAACCAGUGAUAUUAGCAUAACAAGCCUAACUGAACAAAGUAGAGAGAUGAAGGUGUAAGCGGCUAUGUAUCCCAUGCCAUUUUCUUUUAAUUGUGUCAACAGUUAUAAAAAACCCAUAUUUCUCCAAGAAGCCAAUACUUUGACUAAUUCACUUAUUUUCUCCAUUUCUAAACAUUAGGCUGGCUAUUUGGUUAUGUUUGUGGAAUGGUUGACUUUUCUGGCUACACACUCACGCGGGGAAAACUGGAAGCUACCAGAUGAGCAAUUCCCAUGGAUUGUUAAACGGGUCAUGGACAGUGGUAAUUCUUAGUGUUCUUUUCUCUGAGGUGUCACUUUUUUUUUUUUUUAAAAGGAUAUAACAAUUUUAAAAGAAGGGUGCCUUCUCUUAUUUUUAUCUUGCUCUGGUCAGGAGGCAAAAAAAAUUAGGGUUUGGGCAUGCUAAACCCCCCCCCCCCCAAAUCAACCCCAUACAAAAAACAACUAAAAUCUAUUUACAUUUAUUAUUUCAGAUAUUGGCUCAGGAAAUAAAGGCCCAACUUUCCAGUUCCAUUGCACAAAAAUAUAAUUUGUAAUCAAUUGGUGUUACAAUUAAACAUAUAACUUUCUUUACAUUCAGGUUUUAAAUCACCUAUGGGAUAUUUUGCUGUUGGCAGCCUUCAUCUACUGCCUCUGUGGCUGUAUGGAGUUGAGACGUCAUUGCUGACAAAAACACUCAGUGUGCCCAAGGGAGUACAGUCAACGGCAUUGUAUGUGCUGAUAAUUGGAAGAGUACUUUGUGGCAUAGUGGAGGUUGGUACACAUUGAAAUGUUCACUAGACAGUUGAAUAUUUAUUAGAAAAACCCAGUGUCAUUGCAUUACGCUCUGUUCAAUAGAUCGAAAAGUAAAAUUCCCCUUAAGUGCACCAGGCGGUGUGCAAAUUUGUGUUCAAUAUGCGUGUUAGAUAAACUUCUCAUUUCUAAAAAUAAAAGGGUUUUUGAAAAACAGUGAUAUCGAAUUUUGUUUAAGUUAAAUCUGAUAAAAGAAAUCUGCUUAUAGUUAUAAGUUAUAGGUAAGAAAUGUAAUCCUUAAUAUUCAAGUAUGAUUAUUAUAAAUUAGAAAAAAAUUUAAUAUCGUAAUUAUUUUAAGUAUUUAUUUGAUUAUGAGAGUUAAGCUAUUGUAUAAAAGGAGGUGACAUUCUUUACUAUAAAAUCUUUACUGUUUUUUUAUUCAUUUGAAAGCCAAUUAAAUUUUUGAACUUAUGUCUUAUAGUAUGUAUAUAAUCAUAUCCUUUUUUUACAUUCAUGGGUAAACAAAAAUUGGAGUGGGGGGAGGCAUCACAUAUGAACAUUAAUCUCCACAAACAGGAUUAUGUUACCGUUUUGAAUUUUGGUAUGGAUUUUAAUUUAAAAAGAAAUUAUCAUAUUCUUUAAUGUACGGAAAUAUACUUUUAACUUUAAAAAAAACCCGAAUAUGUAGUACAUAGCAUUGUAAAAGGGGUUGGGGCAUUUGAAAUAAGGGGCCAUCCAUUAUAUAUUGUGCACACAAAAAAGUGAUGUUUUCAUACCCCAUUCCUCCUUUUGGACCCCUAUAUUUUUGGGCCCUCCUUACGCAUGCAUACAAAAGCUUCUGAACUCCACACCUCCAUCCACUUCCAGUUGUUUUCAUUUAUUUAUAGACAAUUAUGACAUACAAGGAAAUUUAACGAAGACAUAAGGUGUGUUAAAAUUAUAUCACAGGUUUUUGUCUCCUUUUUGUGACCGCCGCUAACUGUUUGACAUAGUGAGUAUUGAGAUACCAUAAAAAAUCAAUUGUGAAGUAAAGUGGUCACUUGAAGGUCAACUCUUACAGCUGUGAUAUCCAGUUCACUUGAUAGUUCAUUUGUAAUAUCCAUUUCAGUUGUUAGUUCAUUUGUGAUAUUCAGUUCAUUUUUGAGUUCAGUUGUAAUAUCAAGUUUAGUUGUAAUAUCAAGUUCAGUUGCGAGUGAUAUUCUUUUCUAUUGUGAGUUCAUUUGUAAUAUCCAGUUCUGUUGCCAGUUCAGUUGUAACACCCAGCUCUGUGGUGAGUUACGUUGUGAAAAACACAAAGCAACAAUAUGACAAUAAUUACAAAACUUUGCAGUGAUAAUUUGUAUAUAUUGUAUAUAUAGCCUUUGAGUUUGAAAAUAAUUAAAGCUCAUGGAUUUUCAAAGAUUUUCAGGUGAUUUUUGGUUAUAUUAAACGAGUAAAUGCCCAUAUUAAAUAUAUACAUAGGUUUUAUUAAAUAUAUAAAUAGGCUAUAUUAAAGAUUUAAAUAGGCUAUUUUUGGACUGUCAGAAUUUAAGAAUGAUUAUUACAGAAUUUGUGCAUACAUUUUUUUUAACGUAAGUAAACAAAUAUUCUGAGACCAUUCCCCCCAUUUUCUCUUAUGCACCCUGCAUGUAAAAUCUCCUAAAUCAAGCAACCCAACUCCUUCCUUUAUGGAUAGGUAAAUAUGUAGAUGCCCCCUAGGGCAGGGUGGGUUCAAAGAGCAGAAAAUUGGUUGGAGCAUAUUUUUACCGUUGAAGCCAUCUGAGUUGUAGUUCAUGUUGAUGGAGACGUCCUUUUAUUAAAGCAGAAUAAAAAAUAUUUCAUCAUAAUGUCAUCAAAGAUUUUUUUGUCUCUUACCUGGUAAAUGAACUCAAACCAAAAUGCUCAGUCAUGCAUAAAUGCAUCUUUUCUGUAGAGUUGAAGGGUUUGAACAUGUUGGCAUCUGCCAUCAGUUUUGUUUUAUGCAUUGCUUUCAAUUGUUGAGAUGACCCAUCAAAAAACAUAUUUAACAAUAUUUAUUUUUCAUUCAGCUGUUUUACAUCAAGGAAUAUGCUCUACAUCUCCUCCAAAAUGAAAGAUGAUUUUAAGAAAGAAACAAGAGUUCUGUGAUGAAAAGGAUGAGCAAAAAGUCAAGAGUUCUGUACGAGCCACCAUCAAAUGUUGCUUUCAGUAUUCUAAGACAAAAAUUACCUCACUGCAAGUUUUAAAUUUCACUUUAUAACCAUUUGUAUGUCUUUUUUAAUAGACUUAACACAUUGAUCGUACAAAAGGAUACUAAUAAGAUUUUUUUUUUUAAACGAGUGCCUGUUUUUUUCCAGCUGCUCAUUUGAUCAAACAUCCAUAUUGUAAUUUUAAGUCCACGUUACAGUGUACCACAUCUCAUUUCAGCCUGUCUAAUUGUCAGCUUGUAAAUCAGAAUUUUAAUACCCGUCAUUCAAAAAAGAGAAAUUUGGCCAUAAGGUAGAUUUAAACAAAGCUGUAGAAACAAACAGCAUCACUAAGAAUCCUGUGAGCAUUAAUCAAACAAAUGAAUGGGUGGCUGCCAUCCAGCAUGGA